CCUGCCCUGUACAGAUUCCUACAUUGCACAGAUUUGCAGAUUCCUACAUUUCACAGAUUCCUGCCUUGCAAAGAUUUGCACAGAUUCCUGCCUUACACAGAUUCCUACAUUGCACAGAUUUGCAGAUUUCUGCCCUGCACAGAUUCCCACAUUGCCCAGAUUUGCAGAUUCCUACAUUGCACAGAUUCCUGCCUUGGCACACGCCCAGCACCUGCCAGCGGAAGAGGAAGGGCAGUGUUAGUGAGUAUACUGACAGUCUGGGCUCAGGAACUCGGUGCAACUUCAGCAAACCUCCACACUCAGCAUGGCCUGUGCCAGAGCUCACACUCACUGAGUGCACACACACUCACUCACCCACCCUGCCCAGACUGGGGGAGGGGCUGACACUGAGUGGACAGUAUGUGCCCUGGGAGACCACCACGACCUGCAGCAAGGAACACAGAUCAGGCGACCUUUCACACAACGGAAAUUCUUAGAGAACGUACAAUAGGAAUGUCAGGCUUCUUCAAGCGCCUUCUAGGGAACACUCUAAGGCCUAGCUCUUCAUCCCAGACCUCCUCGUCCUCAUGUAAGACGUUGUCCUCUUCACAAGAAACCUCUGUGAAAAUGACUGUAUCGCCAAACAGAGUUCCUUGCGAGCCGGCGCUUUUCUGGCCAAGAAAGAGUGUGCGCUGGGACCUUCAGUAUGACGUGUACAUCUGCCACAGCGAGAAGGACUCUUCGUUUGCGUUUGAGAUGCUCUCGUACCUGGAAUCUCUGCCAGAGAACCUGCGCUGCUUUCUGCCCAUGCGUGACAUGGCUGUGGGUAGCUCCAUUGCCUCUGAGAUGUGCUACGGUCUAAGAAGCAGCCAUUGUUGGGUAAUGCUUCUCACUCCUGGCUUUCUCCAGGACUCGUGGUGUGGUUACCAGCUGAACCAAGCCUUGGUGCUAGCUCCCUGUGGCGAGGGGCGUUUCAUCCCUCUUAUGUUGGAUUUGCCAAAAUCUCAGUACCCUGUAGUGCUGAAAUUCAUGUAUUCUAUCACAGGGACUUGUGGAGAUAUGUCGGUGUUGACCAAGGUGCGAAGUUGCGUACUGAUGUAUCUAAAGAAGUUACAAAACGUGAUGAGCAGUGGAACAAGUGAGCAAGCUAAUACUUCAUCCAGCUGUAACCCGUCACUGAGCUCUGGGGCACAGGCAUCCAGCAAUAAUCCAUCACUGAGCUCCGGGGCACAGGACUCCAGCAAUAAGGCAUCACUAAGCUCUGGGGCACAGGCAUCCAGCAAUAAUCCAUCACUGAGCUCCGGGGCACAGGACUCCAGCAAUAACGCAUCACUAAGCUCUGGGGCACAGGCAUCCAGCAAUAACCCAACACUGAGCUCCGGGGCACAGGACUUCAGCAAUAACCCAUCACUGAGCUCCGGGGCACAGGACUCCAGCAAUAACCCAUCACUGAGCUCUGGGGCACAGGACUCCAGCAAUAAGGCAUCACUAAGCUCUGGGGCACAGGCAUCCAACAAUAACCCAUCACUGAGCUCUGGGGCACAGGACUCCAGCAAUAAGGCAUCACUAAGCUCUGGGGCACAGGCAUCCACCAAUGCAUCACUGAGCUCUGGGGCACAGGACUCCAGCAAUAACCCAUCACUGAGCUCCGGGGCACAGGACUCCAGCAAUAACCCAUCACUGAGCUCCGGGGCACAGGACUCCGGCAAUAAUCCAUCACUGAGCUCCAGGGCACAGGACUCUAGCAAUAACCUAUCACUGAGCUUCGGGGCACAAGCGUCCAGCAGUAACUUGUCUUUGAGAACUUCCAAGGCGCAGGCAUCGCACAUUAACACACAGGGCAGGAGCAGCGACACGAAGGAGCGUAACAUUAACACACAGGGCAGGAGCUGUGACACUCAGGAGAGUAACAUUAACACACAGGGCAGGAGCUGUGAUACUCGGGAGAGUAACAUUAACACACAGGGCAGGAGCUGUGAUACUCGGGAGAGUAACAUUAACACACAGGGCAGGAGCUGUGAUACUCGGGAGAGUAACAUUAACACACAGGGCAGGAGUUGUGACACUCAGGAGAGUAACAUUAACACACAGGGCAGGAGCUGUGAUACUCAGGAGAGUAACAUUAACACACAGGGCAGGAGCUGUGACACUCAGGAGAGUAACAUUAACACACAGGGCAGGAGCUGUGAUACUCGGGAGAGUAACAUUAACACACAGGGCAGGAGCAGCGACACGAAGGAGAGUAACAUUAACACACAGGGCAGGAGUUGUGACACUCAGGAGAGUAACAUUAACACACAGGGCAGAUUUAUUUAA